UUGGGAAAGAGAAACAUUUUAAUUUUUCCAAAUUAAGUGUCAUCGGAAAAAAAAUAAUGAGAUAAGGUUACAAAUAAUGAAUUCUCGGGAUACUCGGAAUUGCGGGUAUCGCGCGGACAAUAAUUACUCGUAUUUCCCAAUUAUGAUUUAUGACAAAGUAAUAUAAAUAUGACAGAAUAAUAUAAACAAUGCUGUUGUAUAACACUACCGUAAUUUUCAUAUAAGCUCACCGCAGCUUUUAUUUCUGGAAAUCUAUCUUUCUCGUUUUAUUACUGAUAAGGAGGAAAAAAUGUCAAAGAUAGAUAUAUUUUUAUAUGUUGUUAUCGCUAUUAGUACAUUAUUUUAUAUAUUUAAAGUACCAUUCUUUAUAAAUAAUAUAUUUGAAAUAUUAUGUUUAAUUAUUAUUAUUAUAUUUUAUUAUAUUAUAAAUAAAAUAUUAGAAUCAUCAUUAAUUUCAUUAAAUCAAGUUAAUACCCGACAUAAAAUAUAUUUUUGUAAAACUUAUCAUUCUAGAUUUUGGCCUGUUAAACAUUCUUUUAAAUAUCCUGUAUUAUUUGUCGGAGUUGAUUUAGAUAUAUUAGAACAACAACAAUAUAAAAAAGAUGGUCAUAGUUUAUUUGAUAUCGGAUAUAAUAAUAGUUCAAUUAUAUUUAAUAUAAAUGAUGAUGAUUAUCUUGGUAAAAUAAAUUCCGGAGAUGAUAAUUUAGAAAAUCCGUAUAUACAAAAACCAAAAAAUCAAAUUAAAUCAAUCAAAGAAAAAUUAUUAUGGCAUAUUAAACAACAUAAUAUCCCGACAGAUGACUUAAGUAGAUUUGAAUUAGUUACGAUGCCGAGAUUUUUAGGAUAUGCGUUUAACCCGGCUAGUUUUCAUUAUUGUUACAGCAGAAAUAAUGAACUUAAAGUUGUAAUAUUAGAAAUUAAUAAUACUUUUGGAGAAAAACAUUUACAUGUUUUAAGUAGAGAUACUGUUACUGAUCAAGAAUCACGGAACGGUUAUGAUAUGAGUUUUACCAUGAAACGAGCGUUUCAUGUAUCCCCAUUUAAUGAUCGUUUAGGGACUUACAAAAUGCUUUGUAAAGAUCCAUCAUCGGGUUAUUUAGAUAUGAGGAUUGUAAUGUACGCAGGUCAAGAUAAUAAAUCACAACUGAAAAAGAAAAUGGUUGCUACAGUAUCAGGACCUUCAUAUAUAUUAUCAAUGAAUAGCUUAUUAUAUGCUAUAAUAAGAUAUCCUUUUGAUAUAUUUUUGACAUUUCCAAGAAUAUUAAAAGAAGCAUAUAAGUUACAUUAUAGCAAAAAGUUAGGGAUUUAUCAUAGACCAAUUCCUAUUGAAGGGACUGUUGUUAAACUUGAACCAAAUUCGAUUGAAUUACACGCUCAAGAAAUUAUUACAAGUUAUUUACGUUACUUAAUAGAAAGUUCGUUAGAAUCAACCUAUAUUACGAUAAAUUUACCUGACAAGAACAAAUUACCAAUAAUAAUUCGUCCAUCAAAUCUUCCGAUAAUAUCAUUCUCAAACACUAUAACAAUAAAUCUUCAUGAUUAUUCAUUUUUUACAAAUUUAUUAAUAAAUCAAAAUAUUUAUAGAGCUUUAUUAAUAAGUUAUUUUGAAAAAUCUUGGGAUUGUGACGAAUUAGGAUUAUUAUUAAAAUUAUUUUUUAACAAUAGAUUAGAUAUAGAAAAUAAAGUAGAUAAUAAGAAGGAACCUUUACAUAGAGAUUAUAAAAUUAAAUUAAGUAAUUUUGAAAAUAGAAUAUCAAUAUUAAGAAGAUGGUAUUGGAAAAAAUCAUUCAAUAAUCAAGAAAGUUCGGGUGAAAGAGCUAAAAAAGAGUUUGAUCAACUAUUACAAAAAAUGUGGCCUCCCAUAGGAGUAGAUAGAGAUUUUAUUGCUUCUAUAGUACAAAAUGAUGUUUGUUUUGAUAUUAGAUUGGAUGCUACCAUAAAUUCACAUGAGGAAGUAGCAGUAGCGUUGAGAGAUUUAUUUGCAAUAAAUAGCGAAGGGAAUACAAUAGCAUUAUUUGGUUAUACACAUCUUUACAUGUUAUCACCAUUUACAUUUCCUUCUUCAGCAACAAUAUCAAAUAUUUCACCAAUCAUAGCGUCAAAACUUCACUUACUUCCAUUUCCACCAAGAUAUCUUGCCUAUGAAAAUAAAGAACCACUAAAACAUCCAAUAGAUAAAUUUAUACAUUCAAGCAAAUUAUUUACUAAUAAAGAUAAAUUAAAAUAUACUUGGAUGAUGUUAUUAAUGGUUUUGGGUUAUAGUUUUGAUGCUGGGUUUUGGCAAAUGAUAACGGGAUUUAUUGAAGGUCCUAGAGGUAAUCUUUAUUUUGCAGAAAAAUGGUUAUGGGAAGGUAUCGUGGAUCUAUUGAAAAGGUAUGAAAGAAAGGAUAAGGGUGAAGAAGAAGAUAAGGAUGAAGUCAAGAAUGAGGAUGAGGAUGAGGAUGAAGAACAUUGGGCUGAAUGUGAGAGUGAUAUUGAAAGUGAUAAUAGUAUCAGUAUUAAGAGUUCAAAUGAAGAGAGAAAGAAACAAGUAUUUGAUGGCUGGGAGGUUGUUUAUGAAAGGAUAGGUAUGUAGUAUUAUUUUUUUUUUCCGUCAUAUUUUCUUUUUUCUCAGCUAAUUUGUUUAUUUCAUUUUUAAAAAGGUAAUAAUGAUAAAUUGCAAAAAGUUAAACCAACGCCUACCCCAUCUUUACCAUCACCAUCAACUAAACCUACAGAGGUUAAUCCUAUGAUAGAAGAAGAUAAACAACAAAGAUUAUGGCUAUUUACAAAAAUUUUUAGAGAAGUGAUAUUAUUGAGAACAGAUUAAAAAUAAUAUUUUAUAGAAUUUUAAAUUAAUUA